AUGCUCCACCUGAGGAAUAUUGCGAAGUCGAUCGCACCGUUAAAGAAUAGCAUCCAGAAUGAAGCAGCCAGCAAUAUACUUAAACUUACGCCUGCUGCUGUAAAUGUAUGCAGCCGCACAUAUGCGAGCCAUGAAAUCCCGGACAGGCUUAAAGAUAUUCCAACCAGCGGAAACCCGAGAUUCUUCGACAUGGUGGAGUACUUCUUUCACAGAGCAUGUCAGGUAAUCGAAGACAGACUAGUGGAGGACAUAAAAUCCAGAGGGUCCAUCGAAGAGAAGAAAAAGAAGGUAGCCGGUAUCCUGAAGCUCAUGCAGCCAUGCGACCACAUUAUUGAAAUCCAGUUUCCACUCAGACGCGAUUCUGGUGAUUACGAAAUGAUUCGAGGCUACAGGGCGCAACAUUCUACACACAGAACCCCAACCAAAGGAGGUAUCAGAUUCUCAAUGGACGUUAGCAGGGACGAAGUGAAAGCCUUGUCUGCUUUGAUGACAUUCAAGUGCGCUUGCGUCGACGUACCCUUCGGUGGUGCCAAGGCCGGUAUCAAAAUCAACCCCAAGGAGUAUUCUGAACAUGAGCUGGAAAAGAUCACACGUCGCUUCACAUUGGAGCUCGCCAAGAAGGGCUUUAUCGGGCCCGGUGUCGAUGUACCCGCCCCCGACAUGGGUACUGGUGAACGUGAGAUGUCGUGGAUUGCAGACACUUACGCCAAAACCGUUGGUUUCCAAGACAUCAACGCGCAUGCUUGCGUUACUGGAAAACCUAUCAACCAGGGAGGAAUUCACGGAAGGGUAUCCGCUACCGGCAGAGGCGUGUUCCACGGACUGGAGAAUUUUAUCAACGAGGCCAAUUACAUGAGCAUGGUUGGUACCACUCCCGGCUGGGGUGGCAAAACCUUCAUCGUCCAAGGCUUCGGUAACGUAGGUUUGCACACCUGCCGUUACCUCGUCCGUGCCGGUGCUACCUGUAUAGGAAUCAUCGAGCACGACGGUGCUAUUCACAACCCCGAGGGUAUUGACCCUAAGACUCUGGAAGACUACAAAAACGAGCACGGCACAAUUGUUGGUUUCCCGGGAGCUAAGCCAUACGACGGCGAGAACAUGCUUUACGAGAAGUGUGACAUUCUCGUUCCCGCCGCCGUUGAACAAGUUAUCCACAAGGAAAACGCCCACAAAAUUAACGCUAAGAUCAUCGCUGAAGCUGCCAACGGUCCCACCACACCCGCAGCCGACAAAAUUCUCAUCGACCGCAACAUCCUCGUCAUCCCCGACUUGUACAUCAACGCUGGUGGUGUCACCGUCUCCUUCUUCGAAUGGCUCAAGAACCUUAACCACGUAUCGUACGGACGUCUUACUUUCAAAUAUGAACGGGAAUCUAACUACCACCUUUUGGAAUCCGUACAGGAAUCACUCGAGCGGCGGUUUGGACGCGUCGGAGGCCGCAUCCCCGUUACACCCUCAGAGUCUUUCCAAAAGAGGAUCUCUGGUGCCUCUGAGAAGGACAUAGUGCACUCUGGCCUGGAUUACACCAUGGAGAGAUCUGCUAGAGCCAUCAUGAAGACUGCCAUGAAGUUCAACCUCGGCUUGGACCUAAGAACAGCAGCGUACGCAAACUCCAUCGAGAAGAUCUUCACAACCUACGCUGACGCCGGUCUCGCAUUCUAA